CAGUUCAAUAAAAUGGCUGCAGACUCUCAGGGUGGUUUCCGUGUCACUGUAAAAGAAAAUAUCAUGAGUGAAGCUGACAGUUGUAUGAGCUAACAAAGAGGUCCCACAAGACAACAGGAUGUGACAGUGAGAUUUUUAAGGUGACAAGUUUAAAACAGAUUAUUUCUUGAUGGAAACUUUCUUUUUCGCUGUGGAUGUCAGGACAUUGACAGUAAGAAGAAACACUGUAUUUAGGCAACAUUAAAUAAUCUAAAAAAACCUUUGUUUAGUGUAAUGAAAAUUUUAACUUGGAGAGUUUUCACAUUACUAACAGCACCUACAGAGCAAAACAAUGAAUCCUAAUAUCCAGCUGUAAGAUUCUUUUAUUGUAUAGUACAUGUGUAAUUGGUGUUACUGGAUUUUAGGUAGGAGUCAGGGUUGUUUUUGUGCAGAGUCAUUUUGAUCCUGACCUAAACCUCCACAUACACCUGUUUCAGAGAGGAGCGCUGCACUAACAGAGCCACAUUACUCACAGCACCAACUAGCACUGAUAACCCUUACAUUCCCCCCCCAUAUCACCCCAUCACCAGUCCUCCUGCACACAGACAAACAUAUAUCAGAGCAGCUGAAGCUACGUUUAGCCUCCAUCAGGUUGCAGUGGAGUAUUCAGCUGAGGGCAGAGAUGGUGUUUUAACAACCAUAUGGGAGAAUUUGACAUUGUGUGGGAAACAAUAAAAAACCCUGCAGCUUCACAAAUGGCGUGAGUCUGUUUUUCUCUUAUGUGCUGAAUUUUGAACUAGUGUAACACCAACUAGUGUAGAACAAACACAUGCACACACACAUCAUCUCUGAGUGUGAGCCAGAGACAAUGAUCACAACCAACUAAAAAACAUACCUUGCAGAGAAAGUUGCAGGAAUGUUAAGUGUGUGAUAAAGCAAUUUUUGCAUAUUAAUGUGUUUGUGUAUCAGAUUGUAACAAAUCACACAGUAGCUUAACAUUAAUCAUUGGACUGUAAACACACUAGACAACUUGUAGCCUGAUACAGCAAACAAAUCUACCAGUGUCCCCUUUUCUUUGCAUAAAAAUGAAAGAUGACAUCCAUCUAGAAACAGUUAAUAAUGAGGUCAAAUGCCUCUCAAAAGGGCACAGCACACUCUAAUAUCAAACGCUACGAGCUACUUCUCAUACUUGUAAAAUCUUUGACAGCUUGGCAAAACUUUCCUGGGUUUAAUAUGUACCUUGCACUGAAUCUCAGACUGAGCCAAGCUCUGUCUGUGUUUCUAUUCCUAUCACACAGCGAUGAAGGCACAGAUAGCUGCCGUGGCAACCAUGCCUGAGAAUCUUGGUCGAAGACUGUAGCAGCUGUAUUUACCAAGUUCAUUGGCCGGGGCAGACACUAAAACUCUGCCAGGCUCCCUUUUCUCUUCAUGUCUGUGUGUUUAUCCAUGCAUCUGCUUGCUUGCUGAGGUGAUGUAUUUUGGUAACACUCCCUCCUGGACACAGAGAAAAGGGUACCAGAUAAACACAAAGCCAACGGAGCCAGGAUAUGCAGACAGGAGGCUUUGGGAUGGGCCACAUUAGGAGUCAAAAGGGGGCGUUUCAUGGGGCUGGCAGUUGUUAUCCACCCUAGUGUGACAUGCCUGUCACAACAGACAGAGCAGGACAACAACACAGAUGGAGAGAGCUCAACUAAGGACACCCUCUUUAUGCUUUUUUGCACUCAAUGUUCUUUUUACUUUUCUCUCAUUUCCUGCCUCUUACUUUAUUAUCCUUAUCCAAUUAUUUCAUCAUCCUGCUCUUCUACUAACACUUGACUGUUUCUGUGAUCACUUAUCCUCUUACACUUGACAUUUGCCUCUCAUGGCUUCUUCCUUGCACCUUCUUGACUGAGCUCUUUCAUUAACCUGUUUCUCGACUUCUUUUUCCUCCUUUCUAACUUCAGUUCUCUCUCCUCCUUUCCUUUCUCCUGUCUCUGUGCCUUCUGUCUUUUGGAUGGAUAGCUACUCCCUCCUCUACAGUUCCUCACACAGAACCGGGCUUCUCUCUGGCUUCCAGCGGUUGCGCUCUGAGAAAAAGAUGUGUGAUGUUGUUCUAGAAGCUGGUGGUGUAUCUUUCCCAUGUCAUCGUGCCCUUUUGGCCAGCUCCAGUGAGUAUUUUUGGGCACUGUUUGGAGAGACUACUGCAGAGAGAUUAGCAGGCUCCAUCAGCCUCCCAGCACUAACACCUGAGGGCUUAGAUGCAAUUUUGGACUUCUUGUAUUCAGGCUGGCUCAGCAUAUCCCUCUCCACACUUGGUGACAUCCUGGCAGCAGCUAGGUAUCUGCAGGUGGAGACAGCGGUGUCAAUAUGUGAGCGCUUCAUGACCGAUGGGUUAAGUGCUGACAACUGCUGCGGCUAUGCUAACCUGGCCCAACGCCAUGCACUCUCAGAUACACUUGAUGCUGCCCAUCAAACCAUUGCUAUGGAGAUGAGGACACUACUAAAGGAAGGCAGGGAUGAUCUUCUUGAGCUGAAUUUCCAAUCACUAAUGGCAGUGCUUGACAAAAACAAGAUACCAGGCGUCAAAGAAGUGGAGCUUGUAAAACUGGCUCUAGAUUGGCUGAAUGAGAAUGGGCCCCUCCCACUGCUAAAAUCAAAUCUUCUGCUGAGUCAUCUGCGCUUCGGGUUAGUCACUGCCUCUGAUCUCACCAAUCUCAGCCACAGAGCCAUGGCCACACCUUUAAUAAGAAGCCAGCUGACUCGAGCUUUGGAGUACCACAGGAUGGGUUCAGCUCAGCCAAUCAAACAGAGCAGGCAGUCAACACUUAGAGGUUCACCCAAUUGCGUGCUGCUCGUGGGGGGAGGGUCCAGCAGUCAUUGGCCAGAACAGCAGGUGUUGGCCUUUGAUCCUAGAAGCAGGAAAUUUUCAUCGUUGAGUUCCUGUCUGCCGCUGCGCCUGAGAAAUCACUGUGUGUGCUCGGUGGGGGGUUUCCUCUUUGUGAUCGGAGGUGAAGAAGUGAAAGAAAGAGAUGAGGAUGGGAAAAAGUCUGUCACUGUGGAAACAACCAAUCAGGUGUGGCGGUAUGAUCCUCGCUUUGACUGCUGGCAGCAGAUGGAGUCCAUGCUGGGGAGGCGAGCACAGUUCUCCUGCUGUGUGGUGGAGGAUGUUAUUUAUGCCAUCGGGGGAUGCCACACACGACCAGGCACCAACACACAGACCUCCAUGGCUUCUGUUGAGUUUUAUGACAUGGCCACAGGAGCGUGGAGGAGAAGAGCAGCAAUGCCGUGCCCUCUUUAUGGCCAUGCUUCUGCUGUCCUUGACAACAGCAUCUAUGUGUCAGGUGGCAUCCCGGGCAACCAGGGCAUCCUCCCUGGCAGUAACCAUGGUAACAACCAUGUUGAAAACAGGGGGAGCAGCAGGGAAGUCCUGCGCUGGGACCUCAAAGGUAGAAUUUGGGAAAAGAGGGCAUCUAUGUCCAUUGCCAGAUUUGGCCACUGCUUAGCAGCUGUCCACAGCUACAUCUAUGCCCUGUUAGGGAUGUAUGAGCCUUUCUGCGACAUUGAAAGAUACGACUCAGAGUCAGACCACUGGACACGCCUCAAACCGCUUCUCACAGGCUCCUCCAACUAUGGGAUGGUGUCAAUGCCUUCUGGAAACUUACUGGUGUUCGGAGGGAGAAGAUGGAGCAACGGACAGGAAGUGAUCAUUAAGAAUGUGUUGGAGUAUGAUACAAAGAAAGACCACUGGAGAGAGAUCUGUCAGCUUCCCAGACCUCUCACUGGAACUGAAUGCACACUGCUGCCCCUGCCAGACUAAACUGCACACUGUGUGAGAAAAUGUUCAGCAUGUGAUGCGUAUAUAACGAAGCUAUUGAACUCACAGCUCAGUGCAGAGGAGAAUCAAAAUGCUGAAAGCAUAUGCUAUAUGAUGAUGUGUUAAUAUCAUAAAUUGGACACUUUUUUUUAAAGUCGAUUCAAAGCAAAUUAAAACUUGUGUUUCAGCUAAUAAAAAACUAGAGAAGAAAAUAGUAUCUCUCAGAAUAAAGCUCUUGUGUUAUAUACAGCCGAUACCAGGAGAUGCUCAGCUUGUUUUUUUAUAAGGCACAUUGUGUCCCAUAAAACUACAACUUGUCAUUUACAUUUCAUUGGCUUAUAUAUAAUAUUUGUUGAGCUUUAGGUGCUUGUAAGCAGACUUUGUUACAUGGACAGAGCCAGGCUAGCAUAUUCCACCUAUUUCCAGUAUUUAUGUUAAAGUAAUCAAGAUUUUUGGACAGAGAAGGGGAUUUAGUUAACAAGUAGAGAGCUAAUGAGAUUCAGUGGGAAGAAGGGUGAGCCAGGCUGCUGAGGAAGCUACCACACUUAAGACAGAAAGAACAAGUCAAAACAGGAGAUAAGGCGAUGAAGGUGGGGGAGGACAUCUUUGAAAUAAAAAUGAAAAGCUAAGCUGAGUAUUUUGUAGAUAAAAGUUCCAUGCAUGAGACAUUCCUGAAGAAUAUCUUAAGUUUAAUAUAAGCUAGAUGUGGAAAUAGAAGCAAUUCAAAUUUAUUGAGUGACCUGUUUUCUAUCUUGUUUUCUGCACUGAAGAAGAAAAGAAGAAGUAUUAGCAGUAAAUCAUAUGCACGAAUUGUGCAUAUUAGUAUUACAAAAGUUGAUGAAUAGUGAACUCCAGCAGCUUUUGUAUUCAUUUCCAAUUAAUCCUGAAUUCAUACUGUGCACUUAUUUGUGUAACAUAUUUAUUAUCUUUGCAGGUAACAUUGCAUUCCAAAGUUGUUCAAGGUUAUUUCCUGUAGUAAUCAUCUUCAGCUGUGUAUGAAAAAGUGAAAAAGUAAAAUCUCUAUUAUGUCAAAACCUGUAAAAGAAACUUUAAAUAUUUUAUGUAAUGUUCUGGCUGGUUUAAUUAAUUUAUCUUAAUCUGAACACAGUCACAUCUUACUUUAAUGUCUUCCCAAGAUUUUACCUACCAUCAACGUAUCUGGUUCCUUUUGUAAGCAGUUUUAUUACAUAAAACAAAAUGAGGAAAUCUGGUGGACACAUUUAUGAUUACAAUUAAUGACUAUCAAAGUAAUUAGGGAUUAAUUUCCUUCUAAUUGACUAAUUGAGUAAUCCAGGAAUUGUUCCAGAUGUACUUAUUAAUUAUUGUUUAUGACACCUCAUCAAAAGUAUUGUCCUUUUUAUGUAAUCAUUUUAUUUAAAAGUGAUUAUGUACAAUAAUAAAUAUGUUCUCAUUUGAUGUACUGUGCAAGAAUUAGUUGAAAGCUAAUUUACAUCUGCAAGUCCUUUGGCAGGUCACAAUUCAAAUAUUUGCACAAAGACAAAACAUUACUGGACAAACAAAACAAAAUGCAAUGUGUACACUGAACCAGAGAAGAAGCCAGGACUGUUGCAUACAAACUAAACCAGCAAAAUGCAAAAUCAGUGGUCACACAGUUUGAGAGGGAAGCUACUUGUGGAACUAAAAGUCUUCAUGCUGUCUGGUAGGGCUGUUCCACUGACUUGUGGUCACAGACCUCUGAGCGAAAGCAAAUGACGCAUGGGAGGAGGAGCCAUUUCAAGUUUUGCACACAAUACAUAAAUUUGAAUAUGAUCUAAAAAUUUUAAAACUCAAAGCAUGAUGUUUCUCUAGUAUCAUACAGUGAUGAUACUGGCUUUAUAAGGACCCCAGGGGUUUUAUGAUUGUUUCUUGAGCCUGACCCCAAUGUGAAAUACAAACAUGAGGGAGGAUCAUAGCGUGCAUAAAUAUCUAGGUCCUGUGCAAUUUCAUAUGGUGCUUGUGUGAUGACCUUCUUGUUGAGGUCACACAGGUUGGGUUUGGGUAGGAUAGUGUUCUUGGUGGUGGAGUGUGUGACCUUGGUUACUUUUAGUUGGGACAUAGUUGACAUGUUUAAGAAGCAGGAGAAUAGCUUGGAUAGUACUUUUGCAGAGAAGCAAAAGUGGGGGGCCAGCUAGAUUAGACAUGUCUGUGGUAUGCUGUUCAAAUGUGAGUCCAAGCUAUCUGUAGCUUUUCACUAUGUCACCUGUCUGUGUUGGUGGUGAUGGGCGUGCAGGCUGUGGUAUAGUGGGUGGGGAAGAACCUGUGACCAUGCGUUUUGUUUUGCAGACAUCCAGCUGGAGCAAGUUACUACUGUGCCAUGUUGAAAAGCAGAAAUGAAGCACCGUAUUACCAAGACUGAUUUAUUGUCUUUCAGCACUACGAGAAUAGCAGUAUCAUCUGAGUAUUUAUAGCAUGUGUUAAUGGGUGAGGGGCUGUGCAGUUGUUGGUGUGUAAAGUGCACAAGAAGGGGCAGCAGGAGCUGAGUGUCUAAAACUUGAGGAUCUCUUGCUGACCGAGAAGUUGCAGCAGGUGCUCAUCAUCCCUCCCCAAAUCCUAUCAGCCCCUCUCCUUCUCUACGUCCACAAAUCAAAAUAAAUCACAAAAAUACCUUCAUCCAAAUGACCAGACUUUAUUGAUCCACCCUCUUCUUCUGAUAGAACACGUAGAAUGAUCAUGUUAGUCAAUAGCUUUUGUAAAACCAUAGUUUAUAGCUUUAAUAUUAAACAUUCUUUACUCAACAACAGUCCCAAAAAUCUGAUAGUAUUAGAAAACCUUAUCCAAGACAUUUACUCUGCACUCUAUCAAAGAGAUCUACUGUAUCUAGAAAUUUCAAACACAAAAACAGAAAAAUAAUGCUGCUUCUAUCUACAACAAAGACAUGCUACUACAACCAACCACAGGCAGCAGCAUAGAAAGAGCAUUCACACUGAGUGCAUUGUGUGUUUUUGUCUGCUUACUGUGUGUGUGUGUGUGUGUGUGUGUGUGUAUAUAUGACUGCUUUCAUAAUUUUGUGCAGUGUCUCUGAGUAUUAAGUCAUUUGGCAUCAGCAGCAGCGUACAAAUAACAAACUAAUAUAUAUUUUAUUCUAUAUUUUGAUUUCUUUGCAAAUAUUUCUUCAUAUUUUCUAUAUUGCAUGCAUGGGGAUGAAAGCCAAACGGCCUCUGAGGAAAAGUCCACCCUUGGAAAUGUUUACACUGUUAUAAAGAGUAUAAUCAAUGAGCUGCAUUAUUCCACUACAUUACUUGUUUUACUGUAAAUGCAAACUGUGUUUUGGGGGUGUUUUUCUACGGCACUCAGCAGAGUCAACCACAACCUUUAUCACUGGUUGUUGACUCAUAUAUUUGUAGUUGCCAUGGUGACUGUAUCUCAGAUGAGGUUGCCCCUCAGAGCCACAUAAGUCAGAGCCACAUAAAGUCAAAGGUCCGGAGGCAAAUAGCAAAAAUCCCAUCUAUCCUUUGAAUCUUCUUCUUGUUUGUGUUUGACUGAACAUGUUAUCUGCACUCUAGAAGUGGUAAUAGCUGUUGCAUCAACAUGAGGUUCACUUCAAGGAGUGUGUGUUUUUUUAGGAUUUAAUCAAAUAUGUGUAUUAGCCAAAUAUAAGACUGGAUUUUUAAAAUG